AUGACUAAGAAUCAGGAAGAAAGCUUGAUUACUAACCUCGGCCAUCACUGUUUCAAUGCACUGCUGAAGCCCCUUGUAAGCAGCACCUUCUGCACUGGACAUUGCUGUCGCCAUUUCUUCACAGGAAGCAGCAUGCGCACCAUCCACAGCAACCAUCAAAACAACAUACCCAAUGCAGAAGGCAUACAUACCUGUGAUGAAAACAAAGUGGACCUUGAUAUAGCUUCUUCAUUCCAGCGUACAAAUUCAGUCACAACAGUCACAGAUAUCUGCUGCUGGGAUGAUGUCAUGGAAGCUCCUUUUGCACGUCCUAUGCUUCCAGUAGAGUCAGACGACUGCUGA